GAUUCUCUUCUCCUUUAACCUUUUCAUGUCAAUAGAUAGUACAGCGCCUGUCGUUUGGCUGUCUGGUGCUUUAGCAUCAAAUGCAUGUGUCAGUGCUUUUGUGCUAUCACUCCAGCGUAUUUACUUGCACAAGACUCAACAAAAAGACCCUGCUCCACUCCGUUUCGACACAAAGCGCGACACUUCUGAACCUAUAAGCGAUGAUGGCCAUCGAUUGACUCGCUUAACAUUCGGUACACUUGUACUGGCCUUACUCGCUGCAUUAAAUUUCUAUGAUACACUAAAUCAAGGUGACUGGCUCUUGACUACUUCAUCAUGUGCACAAUUUGUUGCUUGGUUAUAUGCCUUUGUUCUUGUGCUUGUGUCUCGUCGUUAUACAUUUCCCAAUGAAUGGGGAUGGAUCUUGAAUGUACAUCUCUGUAUCUUUUAUUCUAUUGCUUGGUGUAUUGCAAUCUAUCAUACAUAUGAAGCCUAUGUCAACAAUCCUAAUGACAGUUGGAUCCAUAUGUUGCCUACUGUAUUGGCGCUUUUCUUCAGUACAGAUCUAUUCUAUACAACAGCGACAGUACAGAAAGGUCCUCUUUUUGUUGACGAACAUGGCAAACAAGUGGCUGGUAUUGAUGUUGCUUCUAUCUUUUCUCUUCUUUAUUUCGAAUGGGUAACUCCUUUAGUCAAAUUAGCCUAUAAAAACAAGACAUUGACAGAUGAAGAUUUGCCUAUUUUACCACCUAUUUUUAGAGGCUAUAAUCUCUAUUACAUCUUUGGCGAUACGAGAGGAGCAAGUCUUUUAAAACGUAUCUAUUUGGCUAACAAGACAGCUAUUAUUAUCCAGACUGUUUUGGCCUUUGUGACUUCUCUUGUUUAUUAUGCACCGGCUUUCUUUAUAAACCAGUUGUUGUCUUUGAUCCAGCAAAUGAAUGGUAAAGAAGACACUGAGUCUCUUAGAAAAGGGUUUGUGAUUGUUGUAGCUUUGGGUGUCACUAUUUUCGUUUUAGGUCUUGCUGUGGGCCAACUAUGGUAUUAUGCUUCAUCCCAUGUUCAAGUCAGAAUUAAGGCCAUGUUAAAUAUUGAAAUCUACCGCAAGACAUUGCGUCGACGUGAUCUCUCUGUAGCCACACCCAAAUUAGAGGAAGAAGACGAUGAUCAAAAAGAAGACACUGCAAAGGAAGAAUCGAAAGCAACAGAAGAUGUCAGUUCUUCUACUGGUACCAUUGUUAAUUUGAUGAGCACAGACUCCAACCGUAUUUCUGAAUUUAGUACUUGGUGGUUUUCAGUUUUGGCUGCACCUACAGAGUUAGCCGUGGGUAUUUAUUUCUUGUACAACUUGUUGGGUAAAUCAUGCUUUUUGGGUUUGUUGGUUAUGAUUGUUGUGUUGCCCUUGAAUCACUACAAUGCCAAAAUGUAUGCCAAGACACAGGACAAAUUGAUGGAGGCUCGUGAUAAGCGUGUUUCCUUAAUGAAUGAAGUCCUUCAAGGUAUUCGCCAAAUCAAGUUUUUCGCUUGGGAAAAGAAUUGGGAACAACGUAUUAUGGAAGCAAGAGCAGUUGAAUUGCAUCACUUGGGUAUUACUUAUUUAUCUGGUGUGCUCUUUUCUUUCUUGUGGCAAGGAUCACCCAUUUUAGUCACCCUUGUCUCUUUUUGGUCAUUUACGAAACUAGAAGGACAACAAUUGACAGCACCCAUUGCUUUUACAGCUAUCACUGUCUUCAAUGAACUUAGAUUUGCUUUGAAUGUCUUACCAGAAGUCUUUAUUGAAAUGACUCAAGCCUGGAUCAGUAUUCGACGUAUUCAGACUUAUUUAGACGAAGAUGAAAUUGAUUCUCCCAACACAGAAGAUGAAUACAGCGAUAGUACAGGCAAAGAAGUUGUCAUUGGCUUUGAAGAUGCUACUGUAGGCUGGACGACUCAAAACUAUAGUGAUGAAGAGACCACGGAUAGACCCAGUGCUAGUUUUAUUUUGAAAGACUUGAAUAUUCAUUUCCCCAACCAUGAAUUGAGUUUGAUCAGUGGCUCUACAGGUGCUGGUAAGACGCUCAUGAUGCUCAGUUUAUUAGGCGAGGCUAUUGUCAUUAAGGGCAAAGCGCAUUGUCCCCGUCAGCCGGUUGUCGAUAAGGUCUCCGAUGACUUUGUCGUGUCAGAUGAUAUUGACCCUAAAGAUUGGCUCCUUCCCUACGCACUUUCUUAUGUCUCUCAAACUGCCUGGCUUCAAAAUGCCUCUAUUCGUGAUAACAUCUUGUUUGGUUUACCUUAUGUUGAAUCAAGAUAUCGUGAAGCUCUGUAUGCUUGUGCCUUAGAUAAAGAUCUCAGUAUCUUGGAAGAUGGCGAUCAAACUGAAAUUGGUGAAAAGGGCAUCACACUAAGUGGUGGACAAAAGGCUCGUGUUUCGCUUGCUAGAGCUGUUUAUUCCCGUGCACAGACAGUUCUUAUGGAUGAUGUGCUCAGUGCUGUGGAUGCUCAUACUGCUAAGCACUUGUAUGAAAAGUGUCUAUUGGGUCCCUUAAUGAAAAACCGUACGCGUAUUUUGAUUACUCAUCAUGUUAAACUAUGUGUCAAGGGCAGUGCUUACAUUGUACACAUUGAUAGUGGUCGUGCUACUCUUGUUGGCUCUCCUGCUGAAUUGCGUCAAACAGGCCAAUUGACCUCUAUCUUUGAGAGUGAAGAGGCAGACAAUGAAGACGAGGAAAGAGAUGCUGAAGAAGAAAAAGCAAUUGAACAAACAAUUCCCGGUAAUCAAGUCAAGGAUGACAAGAAGCCUCGCGCCCUUGUUCAAGAAGAAACCCGUGCAACUGGUAUGGUCAAGCUUAGACUUUACAAGCUCUACAUCAAUAUGGUAGGCAGCCCUAUCUUUUGGGCAGCUAUGAUUGCUGUUGUUAUGGGCUCCCGUGGUCUUGAUGUACUUGAAAAUUGGUGGAUCAAGCAAUGGUCUCGCUCUUAUGAAACCGAAUCCAACAGCACCACCGUCAUGUUCCAACAAGAAAGUGUUCUUUCUCAAUCGAAGCCUCUUUAUGCUUAUCAGCCACUCUCUUUUGACCAUACUGAGCCAGCGUUCUUCAUCAACAGCAGCAAGGAAGAAGAAGAUUCCUUGAACUUUUAUCUUGGUAUUUAUUGUCUUAUUACCAUGUCCAAUAUCUUUGUUGGUACUGCUCGUUUUGCUCUUUUGUUUUGGGGUGUCUUGGGUGCUAACAAACAGCUUUAUGGUGAACUCUUGCAUCGUGUAUUUAGAGCUCCUUUGCGUUUCUUUGAUACAACACCUAUUGGUCGUAUUCUCAACCGCUUUUCCAAGGACUUUGAGACAAUUGACUCGAAUAUCCCUAAUGACUUUAUGAACUUUGUCAUUCAAUGGGUUGUUGUCAUUUCAAGUGUUGUCACUGUAUCUACCGUAUUACCCAUCUUUUUAGUUCCUUUGCUUUUUGUGGCCAUUAUCAACAUCUGGUUAGGUUCUAUGUUUGUCUCUACUUCCCGUGAACUAAAGCGUAUGGACUCAGUUACUCGUUCGCCCCUCUUUAGUAACUUUACAGAAACGAUUGUGGGUGUGGCUACCAUUCGUGCUUUUGGUGCUACACGUCGCUUUUUGCAAGACAUGUUGGGUUAUAUUGAUACCAAUUCUCGUCCCUAUUAUUAUACAUGGUUAGUCAAUCGCUGGGUCAGUGUUCGAUUUGCCCUUACAGGUGCUGUGAUCAAUUUCUUGACAGGUUUGAUCAUUUUGCUUAGUAUUGAUAAAAUGGAUUCUUCUCUUGCCGGUUUCUGUCUUAGCUUCAUCCUGCUCUUUACUGACCAAAUGUUCUGGGGUAUUCGUCGAUACACUAGUUUAGAAAUGAGUUUUAAUGCUGUUGAGCGUGUUGUUGAAUUCAUGGAAAUGGAUCAAGAAGCACCGGCUAUUACUCAAUUAAGACCUCCUCAUGAAUGGCCUUCCAAGGGUAAAAUUCAAGUGCAAGACCUCGAGAUUCGAUACGCUGCUGAUCUUGACCCUGUAUUGAAGGGCAUUUCGUUCUCUGUGAAACCUCAAGAAAAGAUUGGUGUUGUCGGUAGAACAGGCAGCGGUAAAUCUACCUUGGCUUUGUCUUUCUUUAGAUUUGUAGAGGCCAGCAAGGGUUCUAUUGUGAUUGAUGGUAUUGAUAUCAGAGAUCUUGGAACAGAAGAUUUGCGUUCAAACUUGACUAUCAUUCCUCAAGACCCUACUCUCUUCUCUGGUUCACUUCGAUCAAACAUGGACCCCUUUGAUCAAUUCAUGGAUGAAGAUAUUUAUGCUGCUUUGCGUCGUGUACAUCUAUUACCUUCUAUUGAAAAUGCUUCGAGUUCAAAUACAGUUGAUUCUGAUACUACUCUGGAUGAAGUCAAUGCCAAUGUCUUUAAAAACUUGGAUUAUGCUGUAUCUGAAGGCGGUCGUAACUUUUCACAAGGUCAGAGACAACUUUUAUGUUUGGCUCGUGCUUUACUUAAACGUAGUAAAUUGGUACUUAUGGAUGAAGCCACUGCCAGUGUUGAUUUCGAAACAGACAAAGCUAUUCAAAAGACUAUUUCGACUGAAUUUGCUGACUCUACCAUUUUAUGUAUUGCUCAUCGCUUACAUACUGUGAUUGAAUACGAUCGUAUUUUGGUCUUGGAUCAAGGCCAAAUUCUCGAGUUUGAUAGUCCAUUGACUUUGAUCAAUGAUCCAGAGUCUGCCUUUUAUAAGAUGUGUCGUAACUCAGGCGAGUUUGACAGUCUUCUUGCUUUAGCGAGAUCAAAACAUGAACUUGUUGACACCUCUUUAUAAUUUAUAUAUAUAUAUGAAAUAAAAGCGUUAUUUAUUAGAGUAAUCAA